UCAAACCUCCAGCGAGAGUGGGGCAAGCCAGGGAGGCCGCCCUAGAAUGCUUUGAGAUCUCUCCUCGGUUUGCUAGCCCUUAUUCACUCACUCUGACAUCCACCCAGCACCUACUGUGCGCGCCACACGACUCGGUCUAGCAGCGCGGCCGCGGCCGCCUCGCUCGCUCCCUCCCGCGGGAUCCCGGCGUGCGGCCGGCUCCUGCGUCCGUCUGUCCGUCCGUCGUCGCUCGGCCGAUCGGAGGGGCAGGGUGUCCGCGAGUGGCGGUCGCGGGGCCCACGCAGGGACCGGGCGCGGAGGCGGGACGGCGGCCCCCUCCCACUCGGGGCCACAGGCGGCGGUGCAGACGCGCGGGCGGAGGAGCGGGCAGAGCAGAGGUCGAGAGCACGAGUGGGGUGGGGCGUGCCCACGGCCCCCGCCCCCCUCGGUCCCCUCGGCCCCCCGGCCAGCUCCGGAGUCGCAGCCGGGGACCGCCAGAGGAGGGUCUGUGCUGUGCCUUCCCACCGCAUUCUGCGACCACCAGGCCUUCCGGGACACCAACACCACCGCCACCACCAUCACCACCGCAGCCUCUGUGCAGAGGGGACCCAGGGGCAGGGACAUCCCUACAGCAGGAGCCGUCGGGAAGGGGUGCACCAAGGCUGAAGCCAAAGCCAAGUCCAGGGGUCUGGGACGCUGUGCCAGCCCAGAGGGCUGCAGGCAGUGCAGGCUGGGACUGGCUUCCCAGGUGACAGGCCCUGCCUGGCUGGCUGGCUGGAGAGGACCAGAGAACGGCAAGACAAGAGGCCGGACCUAGCCAGGGGCGGCUACCACCACACAGCAAUCUCGCCUGAGCCUGGGGGUGGGGGUGGACACAGCUUCUGCAGACCCCUGCCCCCUGUUGUGGGAAAGACACCUGCUGGUGGGCAGGCCAGGCCCUUAUCUGAGACAGCCCUGCGGCUCCCGGCUCCUGACCGAGGCCUGUAGGCUGGGAGAGCAGUCCUCCUGCUCCUGACCCACAGACCCCACCCCAGGCUGCUGCAGCAGGAAGGGACCUGGGCCUUGGGGUGACGGCAGCAGCCAUGUCACGGCCAGGCCAGGGCAUGAUGGUCCCAGUGUCCGGGCUGGGCUUCCCCCCACAGAAUGUGGCUCGGGUGGUGGUGUGGGAGUGGCUAAAUGAAUACAGCCGCUGGCGUCCCUACACGGCCACCGUGUGCCACCACAUCGAGAAUGUGCUCAAGGAGGAUGCCCGGGGCUCGGUGGUCCUGGGCCAGGUGGAUGCCCAGCUGGUGCCCUACAUCAUCGACCUGCAGUCCAUGCACCAGUUUCGCCAAGACACAGGCACCAUGCGUCCGGUGCGACGCAACUUCUACGAUCCGUCGUCGGCGCCGGGCAAGGGGAUCGUGUGGGAGUGGGAGAACGACAGUGGCGCGUGGACGGCCUACGACAUGGACAUCUGCGUUACCAUCCAGAACGCCUACGAGAAGCAGCACCCGUGGCUCGACCUCUCCUCGCUCGGCUUCUGCUACCUCAUCUACUUCAAUAGCAUGUCACAGAUGAACCGCCAGACGCGCCGCCGCCGCCGCCUGCGCCGCCGGCUGGACCUCGCCUACCCGCUCACGGUCGGCUCCAUCCCCAAGUCGCAGUCGUGGCCCGUGGGCGCCAACUCGGGCCAGCCCUGUUCGUGUCAGCAGUGCCUGCUGGUUAACAGCACGCGCGCCGCCUCCAACGCCAUCCUGGCCUCUCAGCGCCGCAAGGCGACCCCUGCGCCCGCGCCCGCGCCCCCGCCGCCGCUGCCGCCACCACCGCCGCCGCCUCCUGGAGGACCUCCGGGCACGCUCGCCGUGCGCCCCAGUGCCACCUUCGCCGGCGCCGCGCUCUGGGCCGCGCCCGCCACCGGUCCCCCUGAGCCCACACCGCCUCCCACGGGACCCCCGAGGAGCCCAAGUGCCCCCAGCGGCGCGCCGGUCCCGGGACAGAACAACCUCAACCGGCCCGGGCCCCAGCGUUCCACAGGCGUGAGCGCACGCGCCUCCAUCCCGCCGGGGGUCCCCGCGCUCCCGGUGAAGAAUCUGAACGGUACCGGGCCGGUCCACCCGGCCCUAGCAGGCAUGACCGGGAUCCUGCUGUGCGCCGCGGGGCUGCCCGUGUGCCUGACGCGCGCGCCCAAGCCCAUCCUGCACCCGCCGCCCGUGAGCAAGAGCGACGUGAAGCCAGUGCCUGGCGUGCCCGGAGUGUGCCGCAAGACCAAGAAAAAGCACCUCAAGAAGAGUAAGAACCCAGAGGACGUGGUUCGGCGAUACAUGCAGAAGGUCAAGAACCCACCUGAUGAGGACUGCACCAUCUGUAUGGAGCGACUGGUCACAGCUUCGGGCUACGAGGGUGUGCUCCGGCACAAGGGCGUGCGGCCGGAGCUGGUGGGCCGUCUGGGCCGCUGUGGCCACAUGUACCACCUGCUGUGCCUAGUGGCCAUGUACUCCAACGGCAACAAGGAUGGCAGCUUGCAGUGUCCCACGUGCAAGGCCAUCUACGGUGAGAAGACGGGCACGCAGCCUCCGGGGAAGAUGGAGUUCCACCUCAUCCCCCACUCGCUGCCAGGCUUUGCGGACACUCAGACCAUCCGAAUCGUCUAUGACAUCCCCACGGGCAUCCAGGGCCCCGAGCACCCCAACCCGGGUAAGAAGUUCACCGCCAGAGGUUUCCCACGCCACUGCUACCUACCCAACAACGAGAAGGGGCGCAAGGUGCUGCGGCUGCUCAUCACGGCCUGGGAGCGUAGACUUAUCUUCACCAUCGGCACAUCCAACACCACGGGCGAGUCGGACACCGUGGUGUGGAACGAGAUCCACCACAAGACGGAAUUUGGCUCCAACCUCACGGGCCACGGCUACCCCGACGCCAGCUACCUGGACAACGUGCUGGCCGAGCUCACGGCCCAGGGUGUCUCCGAGGCAGUGGCCAAAGCCUGAGGCUCCCCCACCCCAGCCCACGCGGCUGGCUGCUUGCCUUCCCUUCUGCUUUUGCCCCUGGCCUGGCACAUGGCACACACCUGCCUCCCCGCGCCAGGGCGUGUCCUGGUAGCCCUGGCUCAGGGUUGGGGCGGAGCCUGCAGAAGGGGCGGGAACACUCCCAGGCAGUCAGACCAGGCUCUCCAGCUCCAAUGGGGGCUGCAGAGAGAGAGUUUCAGAAACCACAGUGACCUCCCCCCAGGAAGAUGGCACCCCACGCCCUCACAUACAUACAUACAUACAUACACACACGUCCUGCUGAACACACGCACGCACACCCACGUGCCUCUACCAACCCCCGUGCAGGGGGAGAAGAGACGGGAAGUUCUCCCCGCGAUUCUCAUCUGUGUAGGGACAGUGCUCCUGGGAUGCUGUGCGCACAAGACCAGCUCAAGCACCUGGGGCACAUUGGGUCUUGGGGAGCCCAGCCCAGUACCCCUCCCAUGGCUUCACCCACUGAUGUGCUGACAGCUACAAGUCCUGAGCAGGCUGACAGGCGAGUGGGCCAGAGGGGUCUCCUGUGUCUCUCCCCCCUCCCUCCUUCCCACGGCCAUUUCCAGGCCUGUGUCUGUCCCAGGUAAGGGUACCUGCUCUGCUCCUCAUCCCACCCUGUCACUCAGCGUUCCCCAGCGUGGAGAUCCAAAGGCUACAGCUUCUGCGGGGACUGGAAAGGGGAGGGGGAGUGUUCGCUUAGGAGCCCAAAGCAAACAAUCAGCUUCCCUCUCCUUGGGAGUGGACAGUGGAGUGCUGAUGUCUCCAGCCAACCAGGGGCCUGUUGCCCCAGCAACUCACCAGCUCCGCCUCUGUUGAUUGGCUGUCUCUUCUGUGGCAAUCAGCCAGGAUUUAAAGGGACGCCAGCCACUGCUCUUUGGAAAACCCAGCAGUCCCAUUGUGACUGGGGGAAUAAAUGGUCUUUCUCC